UCUAGCCUCUUUUCUCUAUGGUCUGGGAGGACUUGGAGCUCUAGAGUGUGUCAAACCCCGUGACCCCGGACAUGGCGCUGCUCAUGGUACUCAAUGUGCCCCGUAAGAGGCUGGGGUCACUGUGGCAGUUCAGGAGGCCUCUCAGCUGCUGCUAUCAAGGAGAACGAAGGUGGAAGUCUAGCAGAGUCCGGACAAGAGGAGAACAGAGCCAGGUGCUGCACACACUCCCAAGGCAGACCGUUUGCGGCAUUGGGGGGAGAGACAAUUCAAGACACUUGUUAGAUGCUGUAAAGGUACUCUCAGGAUGGCCAUCAACCCAUAUAAGAACAUGCUGGCAUGGGCAUGCAGGAAGUGGACUUCACUCAGAUCCCAAAGAAGGGCUGAAAGAAGUGAAUUCAAAGAAAAUCUUGAAAGCUAUGUUUUCACAUGUAUGGCCCAAAGACCGGCCUGAUUUACGAGCAAGAGUUGCUAUAUCCCUUGGGCUUUUAGCCUGUGCAAAGGGUAUGAAUAUUAUUGUGCCCUUCAUGUUUAAAUAUGCAGUUGACAAUCUGAAUGAGGUAUCUGGGAAUGUAUUGAAUCUAGCAAAUGCACCAAAUACUGUGGCAACUAUAGCAACAACUGCUCUGAUUGGAUAUGGUGCAGCCAGAGCCAGCUCAGCUCUCUUCAAUGAAAUGAGGAAUGCCGUAUUUGGGAAGGUGGCACAGAGUUCUAUCAGGAGGAUUGCCAAAAAUGUAUUUUUACAUCUACAUAAUCUGGACCUGGGCUUCCAUCUAAGUAGACAGACUGGAGCGCUGUCUAAAGCUAUUGAUCGGGGUACAAGAGGCAUCAGCUUUGUGCUCAGUGCCCUGGUGUUUAAUCUGGGGCCCACAAUGUUUGAAGUUUUCCUCGUUAGCAGCAUAUUGUAUUACAAAUGUGGAGCCUCGUUUGCACUUGUAACAAUGGGGACCCUUGGAGCUUAUACAGCAUUCACCAUCGGAAUCACACAGUGGAGGACGAAGUUCAGAAUAGAAAUGAAUAAGGCUGAUAAUGAAGCUGGAAAUGCUGCUAUUGAUUCCCUUCUAAAUUAUGAAACUGUUAAGUACUUUAACAAUGAGAAAUAUGAAGCAGAAAGGUACGAUGGCUUUUUGAAGAUCUAUGAAAAUUCUUCUCUGAAGACUACCUCAACACUGGCCUUGCUGAACUUUGGCCAAAGUGUAAUAUUUAGUGUGGGCCUGACCACUAUUAUGGUUCUUGCAAGCAAAGGAAUCCUUGCAGGAAAUCUAACUAUUGGAGACCUGGUUAUGGUAAACGGGCUUCUGUUCCAGCUUUCAAUGCCCUUGAACUUCUUAGGAACAGUCUACAGAGAGACCAGACAAGCUCUAAUUGAUAUGAACACACUCUUCACUCUUCUGAGUAUAGACACAAAAAUUAAGAAUAAAGACUUGGCUCCCACACUAGCGGUCACUCCUCAGACUGCAACUAUUACCUUUGAUGAUGUCUACUUUGAAUAUUUGGAGGGACAGAAAGUCCUAAAUGGUGUGUCUUUUGAAGUUCCUGCUGGAAAGAAAAUCGCAAUUGUUGGUGGCAGUGGCUCCGGCAAAAGCACCUUGAUCCGACUGCUCUUCCGGUUUUAUGAGCCUCAGAAGGGAAACAUAUAUGUGGCUGGUCAGAACAUUCAAGAUGUCAGUCUGGAGAGUCUGAGGAAAGCAAUUGGCGUUGUUCCCCAGGAUGCUGUCCUUUUUCAUAACACACUGUAUUAUAACUUGAUGUAUGGAAAUAUUAAUGCCUCACCAGAAGAAGUGUAUGACAUAGCUAAGUUAGCAGGACUGCACGAUGCUAUUCUCCGGAUGCCUCAUGGUUACAACACCCAAGUAGGAGAACGAGGACUCAAAUUAUCAGGUGGAGAAAAGCAGCGGGUGGCAAUUGCCAGAGCAAUGUUAAAGAACCCUCCAAUUAUUUUGUAUGAUGAAGCCACUUCUUCCUUGGACUCCAUUACUGAGGAGAAUAUUCUCAGCUCGAUGCGUGAUAUAGUAAAACACAGGACCUCUGUGUUCAUCGCUCACAGGUUGUCUACCAUCGUUGAUGCAGAUGAAAUUAUAGUGCUGGAUCAGGGUAAAGUUGCAGAGAGAGGGACGCAUUUCGGACUCUUAGCAAACCCCAACAGCCUUUAUUCUGAACUGUGGCACACGCAGAGUAACAGGGUCUUAAACAGUCACAGCAACCAGGCAUCUGAGAAAAGUAGCCAAGAAAUGUCCAAAGAGGAGGAACGAAAGAAACUGCAGGAGGAGAUCAUUAACAGCGUUAAAGGAUGUGGCAACUGUUCCUGCUGAUGAAGUGGACAGCUUGAAUUGGAAGUGGAGCUCCUUACCGCCCCAUAAAUUCUGUUUCCCCUCAACUCUUACCUCUUAUUUCUGUACUCCAGAAACAUAUCUGUUGACCCAUUUUUCCCUCUUCCUUCCUUUUACGUGAUUUUUUAAUUUGUAUAUACAUUUGUCUGAUUUCUUCGUAGUGUAACUAAUUCUUCCUGAAAUAUUUGAAAUAUAUUUUCUUACAAAGAUUGCUUCCAGUAGUGGCGUUGGACAAAACAUGGCUGAUCUUACUGCUGUCAUUUUGUGCUAUCCUAUUUGUUUUUCAACAACUGGUCCAGUAAUUUAGCGCGUGGAAAAUUCUUGCUAAUGUGCAGUAAUUAGCUUUCAUAAUAGUAAAGAGGUUUCAUAAAAGACUGUAUAACUGUUAUGCAGCUCUCAUUCAGACUUUU